AUGAAUCAACAAGAAUUCAGACAUGAGAUUAGACAACAGUAUCAAUCGCCUGAACACAAGACUCCGCAACAAAUCCAACAGGACAUGAGACAAAGUGGUCGUGAAUCAGAUCCACACUUUCAGCAAUACUCACAACAGUCACCACAAAGACAACAACCAAAACAACAACAGAAUUAUAGUCAAGAAGAAUACCAACGCUUUCAGACCAGCGAAAGGCAAAUGAGAGGGGAAUUCAGUCAUUUAUCGGAUACCUAUCCGAGCUAUCCAUCGACGACAAGUAGAGACAUGCGAUCUCAUGAUAUGGAUUCGCCACCGAAUAGGUCGGGCCAGUCUUCAGUGGGCGCUCCCAUUCCCCGAACAGUGCCAUUACAUACAGUGACCCAACAGUUGGCCACAUCUUCAGCGGCAUCGUCGCCACCAUCGGGUAGUACUCUAUCGCCAAAACACAAAUCAAUUCAAAGUCAACAGCAGUUAUACGCACAACAACUGCAGCCUAAGAAGACGCCGCCUCAGGUGCCCGAGUGCUGGUCUCCGCCCACAGACCUGUCGCCCAUUCUGGACGUAUCGCCGUCUAUAGAGGCGGCCGAACAAGAGAUUAUGGAAAGGAUUAAAUCCAGCGGAGAAUCCUUGUCUACAAUUAUGCCGAGCAUUCCUCGAGCGACGAGCGGAACCAUCACCGGAAUGAUCGCCGACUUCAACAAAGCGAUGGAAGCGUUGGGAACCGAGUCGCCCACCGAAGAGCACUAUGAGAUGGCCUCAAAACUGAAACGCAUGGAAAGGGAGUCCAAAAUUCAGUCCCAACGACAACAGAGCGCUCAGCAAAAGGUAUCUAAACAGCAGACAUCCACUCAAAAGACAACGAUUGACGCCACGUCCGGCAAUCCACCCAUUAUUGUCAUGACUUCGGGACCAAAUCAGUCGACAAUUCCAUUGCAACUACAGCUCAAUCCGCAGGCAGUGGUGAGCGGACAGGCGUUGCUUCCCAGCCCUCAAGUGGAGCAACAGCUACAACAGCAACAGAUUCUUAUCCAACAACAGCAGCAGUUCCUUCAGAUUCAGAUCGAACAGCAGAAGCUCCAGAAGCAGAUGACCGAACAGUUGACGAUUAGACAGCAGCAGGAAAUGGACAAACAGAAGACACAGAAGGAUGUGCUCAUUCAGCCCAUACCCCCGCAACCUCUACCACAGCCUCAACCCACUAAACCAGAGGUUAUCAAGCAAGACAAACAGGUGUCCACUUCGACACCACCUUCAAUGUCAUCGACACCCACAUCAGCCACUAAUAAACAGCUGAUCAAUAAGUCUGUGGCCCCAGUGAUGGUCAAGCCUGACCUUAUGGCCAACAAGAAUACCGACGUAACGGUGCAGAUGUCUGUGUUGAGCAGUAGUGGCGGCACCAGAAAGAACUUACACCGAAGACUACCUCAUCCGACAGCUGAAGAAAUGCAAACCGCUGUCCAAUUGGCUGCCGUUCACAACGUCUCACAACAGCAACAACAACAACGAUUGGGGACAACUGUCUCAUCAGCGCCGACAGUCUCUACACAACGACCCGUCUCACCACUGAUGCCUCGUAAAACACAGUCGAGUGUCAUCUCAUCCCAGACAAUUCUGAACCCAUCGAUGAGACGGACAAACCUCUCGACGUCAACAGUGCUGACGACCGCCACAUCAACACAGGUCUCAUCGGCGGUCAUGCCCUCGACAUCCAUCUACGAUCGCAUUAGUCCAUCGCCCUAUGCGUUGGGACAGACUGUGCUCCGUUCGCACACUCCCAUCACUCCCGGCGCCGACUUCUCUGACUCUCAGAGCGAAACUUCUGGAGAUAAAGGCAAACGAAGGAAGCUGCCGUCAGUUCCCUUCGAUGAGGAGCCCAUCUCUCCUGUGAUCGCCACUAGAAAACUGAUCAAAGAUAGACUGGCCGGCCGGGCGGCCAUUUCUUCCACAUCAAUAGCAUCGAAACGCAUACCACCCCUACGCUCGUCCUCAUCACUGGAUGGGACUGUUAUGGGACUGACAGCUCAGCGUCGACCGCAGUCGCCCUUCUCGUCGACCUCAGACAUCUGGGUUAAGGACUGGAGUUGCAUGCCGGCUAGUGGCCGAGCAAGCGGUUAUGGAGGGCCUCUCAGUGUCUACCCUGCGGUUAACGUUUGGAGGACAUCUGUCCAUUCACUCACAUCUCCCACAAGGUUUCCCUCUUAUAUGAAGAAUCUUAAGGACCAGUUGUGGGAAGAGUUGAAGACCGCCACUGAAGAGAAGCACCGGUUAAUGAGUCUCAGGAAUAGGGAUAAGGAUUUCUACAGGAGAUCCGAAACAGAUUUACAACAAUUGUUUGACAUCUACUCCUCACCCAUCCGACGAAGACGUGGACGAUAUAAGUCUAAGAAUGCGUCCGAUUCUCGGAUCUAUCGAUCGCUUUCACCAACGAUUAGAGAUGACAUACCGUUCAAGUCAUACGAGUUCGAGUCAUUACACCCGACCCGCACUGGUAUUGAACUCGGCAUAUCUCCCGUCUCUGGGUACAGAAGUAACCCGCGGAUAAGACUGCGGCUUGAGCCCGAGUCUCUCAGUCAGCAUGCCUUCCUCAAGGAGCUUCAUAAUAAUGCUGCUGGAGUGGGUUGUCUCCGCUGCCCACCCGCCGAGCUCUCCACCGUGAGCGACUUGGAAUCCGUCGCCGACGAAGACGACCACUUGACUCGCGAGGAAAAGGCGGCCAAAGUUAGGGCAGAGAUUAAGCGCCGGCGCCAACAGAUGGCCGAUUCGGGCAGACUUUACAGACACUCGUUCGAUGGAAGUGGUCUUCCUUACGGACAGAUGGAUGACAUCUACGGUCAAAGUGCUCUUAUAGACGACUAUUACAAUUACAGUCCAACUACUCAUCAGAUGCCUAAAGAUUAUUAUAACGGAAGACUCAGAACUAAUUACUCUCAGCCCUCACUUCACUCAAUGCAUGGACCCGAUCCCUAUAGUAAUUAUCAUAACUACGACCCCCGACUGGUCAAUGUAAACAUGAGCGGCGCCUACAGACAGAAUAGAAAUGUGAACCAAAGGGAUGCGGCUCUACUCCGUCGGCCCAACUUUGCUCACCCGGACGUCGGCUCACUGUUGUCGGCCACGGAGUCGGACACUCCCUCUGAAUAUAUGGACCCAUUGCAUAACACACCAUUAUAUUAUAUUAUAAAGUCUAAUUGCACUGAAAUGGUCUAG